AUGCGACUGUUUAAACUGGCGGCGGUGGCGGCGGUGGCGGCGGUGGCGGCGGUGGCGGCACCACCGUUGGUGCAGGUGCCGGCUGCCGCAAGCGCAGCUUCGCAAGUUUUCAGGAUGCCGACGCGGUCUCGGUCGCGGAUACAGAGUUGGGAGCAGGCCCUGAUAUGGAUGUGGAUGAAGCCCAGGAGCAGCAGGGGCGAGUUGCGACAGAUGAUCAGCAGUGGGAGGAACGGAGGGUUGCUACAUGUGGUGGUUGGCCAAGCGCACGUACGAUGGUCGUACGGAAGCGCCCAGGGUACGCGGCGGGACAGCUCAAGCACGUGUCGUACGGCGCGGUACAGUGAAGGCCAGUGCACGGUGGCCGGCGGGGCCAGUCACGGCUGGCGGGUUCAUAAGUUGGACCCCACACUGCGGACGUGCCGGAGGUGCUACGACCGCUUCGUCUGCUGCAAGACGUACGACCGCCGGAAGUCGCCGAGCCGUCACACGGCGGCGGCGGCGGCGGCAGGGGCGCCGCCGAAAGGGAAGUGCUCAGCAGCUCUGGCGUCGCAACCCGCGUCUUCCCCCGAAGCCUCGAGAUGCCGUACGGCAUCAUCAGACGGCCUUGCGGGCGGCAUCAUCAGCACCGCCGCCACCGCCAUUCACUCGCGAGGGACAAUGCGGCCACCGCCACAGCCGCCGCCAGCACUAGCAGCAGCAGCAGGGGCUACUGCCGCAGGUCCUAGCGGGAGCGGUGAAGGCGUUGGAGCCGCAGCCGGAGCCUCACCUGGCGGCAGGGGUGGUGACGGCGGCGGUCCACAUCCCAGCAUCACCACCGCUGCCGAGGGGCCCCGUCAGCGGCAACAGAGACCGAACCGAACCGACCGCAGCGACGUCGAAGCUGACGUGGGCGCCAUCAGGCGGCCUGAAAACGUGCGGUCAGCGGCUGCAGUACGAGCUGCAGUCCCACUCGUCACCGUAAAUGUACGACAGGUCGCGGCAGCAAGAGAAAACGCAAGCGCAGCAGCGACAGCGGCGGUGGCGCCAGCUGCGGCGAUCAUGACGCCCAAGCUGUCCGCGGCGACCCCGCCGGACCGAUUCGUCACAGCCACUGCUGGGGAGGCCGGAGCCGUACCACCGCCAUAUCCGUCGCCGCCGUUUUGCCGCCAGCCGCCAGCCGCCAGCCGCCGCCCCCCUGCGCCGCCGUCGCGGCCUCCUCGCCCGCCGCGGUCGCUGUGGCCGCCGCGGCUUCGGCGUGUAAAUCCCUACCCCCCGUCUCCAUGCGACGAAGCUGCCGAUGCAGGGUUGCUGGCGGCGAUGGCGGCCUGUACGGCAGGCGGUGGCGUGGCGGCGGCGCUCCGUGCGGACGACCCGUGGGACCUGGGGUCCUCCGUCACCGAGCUUGGCAAUCAAGUUGCCCGAGUGGCGCAGGCGCUGGUGCAGCUCGAGGACAGACACGGCGUGGCGCUGCUCGGAACAAUCGGUGCAGCUCCCGCCCGCUCCCCUCCUCGUACCCCCCAUCCACCUUGCCGUACGCUGGUCCCUGGCUCGUGGAGCCCCGUCAUCGAUUGGAAGCAUGGAUCAACGUUGUGGUUUAGUUUAGUAAGAUAUAACAAGUCUGGUAUCGAGACGGUUCCUCCCGGGGCCUCUCUCAUUCCUGGAAUUUUCAAGAUCCUACGUUUUGCCAUCAAGAUCCCCAUUUCUACCGGCGCGUGGAUGGAGGUCGACGACGUCACUGGACCUCUGGCUACAAUAGUCGACGCUCUCGGAGAGGCCGUCCGCGAAGUGGCAGCCGCCGGUCUGUAA